UGUGGAGCAGCUUCCAGUCUAGCCUCCGCGGUGGGGGCGGCGGCGGCGGUAGCAGGGCGGCUUUCUACUGAAGGGAAGGUGUUCGCCCGCCCGCCCGCCCUCCUUUUCCUCCCCUGCGCCCGCCCGACCCCAUUUUUCCCCGGGGAAGGAGGGAGGGAAGGCAGAACGAAGGGAGCAGCUGCCGCCUUGUCCUCGGGUCCGUUCUGGCUGCGGUGGUGCUGAGUGACGAGGUGCCGUCCGCUGCCUCUCUCUCUUGCUCGCUGGCCCCUUCUGGGAACUGGGAACCCCGGGCGGAGAGGAGCCGCAGAAGGUCGCCGCCCAGAGGAGGCGCCCCCAUGGCUUCAUUGCGCCCCGACAGAAUAUAUUGACUGAAUUAUACUGAAGACAAGAGAUACACAGGCUGCAAUGGUGACAUAAACUGCUAAAAUUGGACUGGAAUAAAUUCUGAAAAACUCUUUAUAAUCUCAAUGCCGUCAAAACUGGAAAGCCCCUUGGCCUGACUUACAACAUGACUUUUAUUGUGAAACUUCAUAGACACUUUCAGCGAACAGUAAUAUUGCUAGCUACAUUUUGUAUGGUGAGCAUUGUUAUUUCAGCAUAUUAUCUAUACAAUGGCUACAAGCAAGAAAAUGAAGCUUCUGAACUUUCUUCAGAGGUUGAAUGUGGGGACCUUCCCGUGCUGCUAUCUCCAUGGAAGAGAAUUAAGCCCAGUGAACCACUAAGGACUGACCCUGUUGUGCUUGUAUUUGUGGAAAGUCAGUACUCUGUACUUGGUCAAGAUAUAGUCAUGAUAUUAGAGUCCAGCAGGUUCCAAUAUCACAUAGAGAUUGCUUCUGGGAAAGGGGACCUUCCUGUUCUGAUAGAUAAAAAUAAAGGCAAGUAUCUUCUAAUAAUAUAUGAAAAUAUUUCUAAAUAUGUGAAUAUGGAUUCCUGGAAUCGGGGCCUUCUAGAUAAAUACUGUGGGGAAUUCGGUGUAGGAAUGAUUGGGUUUCAAAAAAGCAAUGAUAAUACUUUGCAGACUUUUAAGUUAAAAGGUGUUCCUUUCCAGAUUCAUGGCAAUGUAGGUAUAAAAGACUGUUGCAUCAAUCCUCAUUCUCCUUUGCUCCAUCUAACAAAACCAUCCAAGCUUGAUAAAGGGCCUUUGCCUGGAAGCGACUGGACAGUUUUCCAUAUAAAUCAUUCAGCUUACCAGCCCGUUGUAUUUGCAAAAGUAAGAGUACCUGAAAACCUCCCUCCAGCUGCUAUUAAAAAUGUUCUACAUGCAACUGUUAUUCAUGACUUGGGUCUUCAUGAUGGAAUUCAGCGUGUUCUUUUUGGUAGCAAUUUGAACUUCUGGCUGCACAAACUCAUCUUUAUAGAUGCCGUCUCGUUUUUGACUGGAAAGAGACUUCCAUUGUCCCUGGAUAGAUACAUACUUGUAGAUAUUGAUGACAUCUUUGUUGGAAAAGAGGAAACAAGGAUGAAAGCCAGUGAUGUUCAGGCUCUGCUGGAUACUCAGAACCUUUUGAGAGCUCAAAUUACAAAUUUUACUUUCAACCUGGGAUUUUCAGGGAAAUUUUACCACACAGGCACUGUAGAAGAAGAUGAAGGAGAUGACCUGUUACUGGGCUCUGUUGACGAAUUUUGGUGGUUUCCUCAUAUGUGGAGUCACAUGCAACCUCAUCUGUUCCAUAAUGAAUCUUCACUAGUGGAGCAAAUGAUUCUCAACAAAAAAUUUGCCUUAUUUCUCCAGAUUUAUGCCAAGCAGUUAGGUGCUACCACCUACUCAAAGAUCAUUCUAUACUCAAAACAAGGAAAGUACUUGUUUUCAUAUCCUGAACAUGGCAUUCCAACUGAUAUGGGAUAUGCUGUGGCUCCACACCAUUCCGGCGUCUAUCCUGUUCAUGUUCAACUUUAUGAUGCCUGGAAAAAAGUUUGGAAUAUCAAAAUCACCAGUACAGAAGAAUACCCACAUUUAAAACCUGCACGGUAUAGAAGAGGUUUCAUUCACAAAAACAUCAUGGUUCUUCCUCGACAAACCUGUGGCCUUUUUACUCAUACAAUUUUCUACAAAGAAUAUCCUGGUGGUCCAAAAGAACUAAACAAAAGUAUACAGGGCGGGGAAUUAUUUUUCACAGUAGUUCUCAAUCCAAUCAGUAUUUUUAUGACUCACCUAUCUAAUUAUGGCAAUGACCGGUUGGGUUUAUACACCUUUGUCAAUCUGGCCAAUUUUGUUCAAAGUUGGACUAACCUGAAGCUGCAGACUCUACCUCCACUUCAGCUGGCUCACAAAUACUUUGAACUAUUUCCAGAACAAAAGGACCCACUGUGGCAGAAUCCUUGUGAUGACAAACGACACAGAGAUAUCUGGUCUAAAGAAAAAACUUGUGAUCGUUUACCAAAAUUCCUCGUUAUUGGACCACAGAAAACUGGCACAACGGCUUUAUAUUUGUUCCUGAUUAUGCAUCCUUCCAUCAUUAGUAACUCCCCCAGCCCCAAAACCUUUGAGGAGGUACAGUUCUUUAAUAGAAAUAACUACCACAGGGGGAUUGAUUGGUAUAUGGAAUUUUUUCCUACACCGUCCAAUGUAACCACUGAUUUUCUCUUUGAGAAGAGCGCCAAUUAUUUUCAUUCUGAAGAUGCCCCUAAACGAGUUGCUUCUUUAAUUCCUAAGGCAAAAGUCAUAACUAUUCUCAUUGAUCCAUCAGAUCGAGCAUAUUCCUGGUAUCAGCACCAAAGAUUUCACAAAGACCCAGCUGCUCUAAAAUUUACAUUUUAUCAAGUAAUCACUGCAGGACACCAUGCUUCAUCGGAACUUAAGAUGCUGCAGAAGAAAUGUCUGCUACCAGGGUGGUAUGCCAUUCACCUAGAAAGAUGGUUAGCUUAUUUCCCACCUUAUCAGUUACUAAUUAUCGAUGGACAGCAGUUGAGAAAUGACCCAGCUAUAGUAAUGGAAGAAGUGCAGAAGUUUCUGGGAGUUACUCCUCAUUAUAAUUAUUCAGAAGCUCUAACGUUUGACUCGCACAAAGGUUUUUGGUGUCAACUUCUGGAAGAAGGAAAAACGAAAUGUCUUGGAAAGAGCAAAGGGAGAAAAUACCCUCCAAUGGACUCUGAGUGCAGGGUUUUUCUGUCAAGCUACUACAGAGAUCACAAUGUGGAAUUAUCAAAACUUCUACACAAAUUGGGACAACCGUUGCCAUCGUGGCUGAGACAGGAGUUGCAAAAAGUGAGAUAGCACAAGGACUCUUCUUGACUUGAAUUACGAACAAACUUAAGUUUCCAGGAAACUUUAUCGGAACUAAGGCUCUUCAACUUGGGGAAAAAGGAUUGAGAUUUGUGUGAUAUAUUGUCAACUGGAUUCUAAAAAAUCGUAUGGAUUUAUCUCUGACAGUACACGGAUUUCAUAACAAUGUAAAGAUAGAUGGAUAUAGCACAAAGCUUAAUCUAUCAUGACCUACAGCUCUGUCAGAAAUAUGAAAAUGCAUCAUGUAACUCCUAUUCAAUGCAAUAGGAUUGGUAAGUGGAUUGUGUUUAGAAACCACUCUGUAUAUUUGACAUCAAGUUUCAAAUGUUUGGGUUAAAACUUCAAGAAGGAGAUCUAUACAACGUUCCAAAAUCAGAACAAAUAUUUACAAUUUUAUAUAGUUUAUUCCUAUCGCUUUAAUAAUGUUGUGUGUCUCUCUCUCAUGUUGAUUUUGUAAAUUACCACCUCUGCUCAGUUUUCAAAUAAUUGAAUUACACUGGUGACUUUUUUUAAAAGAUAACAAAAAUGUAGCACAAAAUGCCAAGCUUACUCCCACUUCACAGUUUUGGUUUAGAAUGUGGGGUAAGAAUAUCAAUCAGUGAAUGUGGGGUAAGAAUAUAUAAUAUUUUAAAAAGUAAGGAUUCCUCCCAAUUGGCCUAAAUUCUGGGAAUAGCAUCAACACAGUAUAGAAGCAGUUUGCCAUUACCUUCUUCCAGAACUCUUUUAUGAAUCCUCAGUUUAACUGACACUGCUUAAUUACUGAGAUCAGCCAAUGAGCAAUAUUAAAAAGGUAAAGGUUCCCCUCACACAUAGGUGCUAAUCGUUCCCAACUCUAGGGGGCGGUGCUCAUCUCCAUUUCAAAGCCGAAGAGCCAGCGCUGUCCGAAGACAUCUCCGUGGUCAUGUGGCCGGCAUGACUCAAUGCCAAAGGCGUACGGAACGCUGUUACCUUCCCACCAAAGGUGGUCCCUAUUUUUUCUACUUGUAUUUUUUAUGUUCUUUAGAAACUGCUAGGUUGGCAGAAGCUGGGACAAGUAACGGGAGCUCACCCCAUUACGUGGCACUAGGGAUUCGAACUGCUGAACUGCCGAUCUUUCGAUCGACAAGCUCAGCGUCUUAGCCAUUAAGCCACCGCAUCCCUAUAUUAGUGGGUAAGGAUUACCAUUACUGGAAUAUAUGAGAAUUCACUUUAUCUGUUCAUCAUGUCAUCAGAAUUGGGAGUUUUCAUAAAUGUGAAGAUUUCUAGAAGAGAUGGACAGGUGCCUUAACUCACCCGCUAUGCUAUAUCAGGGGAAGAACUAUACAGUAUAACCAUCUGGAUAUGGAUACAGAAAAAUGUGAGAUACAGACAGGAGUGUUCCUAGGCCUGCUAUCUCAUUCCAUUAUCCUUUGGGAGAUUUGCGGCUUCAGCAGUUGGAGGAACAAUACUGUUUUUUAAUGUAAAUGAUUUACCUAUUAAAACCAAGAGCAUAUAGGAUGCUAACAUGGCCACAGUUCCUUCAUGUGUCACCAGCUUUAACAUUCACAUGGUUGUUUAUGCAUAGGGAUUCCCACAGUCCUGACUGACAGCAAGAAAACUGAAUAUGUUCUCAAACCACUGUCAACAGAGUGUUGAGGAAAUCACGGUUCCAUUAGAGACACAGAGACAUUUAAAGCCACAAUAAAAUUAUAUUGAUGCAGUUGCUACUACACGCGCAUGUGCAGAGCAUCAAAAAGGGGACAUGAUAACAUCCGGGCGGGUGGGCGGAGCCUCCCACAACCGCCACUACUGGUUCACCCAAGCCGAAUAGAACCAGCUGAAUACCACCACCGAUUCCCUCCUCCCACUACUUCACUAAAUACUUUUCAACUAGGUAAAUUGGUAACCAGUUGUUGGAAGAAUGGAGGCUGCAAUGUUUUCAUCCAGAACCAGUCAAAAGCUGGUGGGCCUCAGGAUUCCUUUAUCUUCCACAAAGUUUCAUUGAUUCAUAAAUUGGGCAGCUGCGGAUGGGAUUAAGGUUUCCAGAUGGAAUUAAGGCUUUCUGGGUUUUCCCACACAGACUAAAAAUGGAUGCGCUAGGCAUUAAUCAGGUAAUCAUCCAAGCAGGCCUUUGAUUGUGAAAUAUCAGACAUCUCCCAAACUCCAUCCUCUGCCAUAUCUAGACACUAAGAAAAUAUUUAGAUCACAAUUUAAAAGAAAAAUCUCAAGAGAAAGAAGAUAAAAACCAAACACGUUUAUGCCUUCUGCUCUACCUGGGGAAAGCAUUGGACAUACCCAUCCUAUUAUUGAUGCUUAAUUGAUGCUAUGAAAGCAAAUAAAGCAAAUAAAAAUAAAUUUAAACAAAUAAUGUGCUGUUGUUGCCUUUGAAAGCAAUAUGCACAAUUUUAAUUUUAAAAAUGUGACAAAAUGUUGGCUGGAGUUUCGUAGCGAUUAUCAGUGUUUUAGAAGACUAAAGAAGAAUAAAUCUUGAAUACUAUUAUAAGCCAAUUUUACCUUAUUACCAUCUGCCCCAUGAUGCUUCACAUCCAAACAAUAUUGUCAGUAUUGGUUGAAUGUAAGCUAAAAUAUAUAUUUGGAAUAAAAACAUUGCUGUGUUGUCUUGAAAUCCAUAUAGUUAAUUAAAUAUGCAAAAUGUUGCCCAGCCAAAGGUAACAUUUUCUUAGUUUAAAUAUUCUUUAAAAAGACUUUAAAUUGGUGUGAGUUGAAAGACAGUCACAGUUUAGAAAAUGUUACAGAGUAGGAAGCUCCUUUAGCUUUAACCCAGUUAUUGAAAGUCAGCACUUUAAGAUGAUGUACGAGUUUUUCUACUGUACCUCUCAUUACCUUUGGUGAACAAAUGUAAAAUUGUUCUUGGCCAUGUAUUCACCCUCCUGUUCAUUUGUGAAAAGAUUUUUUGCUGAGGAGUGAUUCACUUUGUCCUUUAUAGAGGUGCAGUCAUUUCUGCACAAUAUGGUAAAACUGCUGAGAACUUUUAUGUGGGGGUUUUUUUUUCUUCUUUUCUUUUGUGGCAUCUGAGUAAAGGGAUCUCAUUAGCUGAAUGUCUGCAUAAAGCAGAGAAUAUAUCAAAAACAGUGUUUCUCUCAACCAACCCCUUCCAGAUAUAGGCUGAGAAAUUUGGGGUGUUACAAUUUAAUACAGAGGUCUCCAACCUUGGCAACUUUAAGACUUGUGGACUUCAACUCCCAGAAUACCUCAGCCAGCAAAAGCUGGCUGAGGAAUUCUGGAAGUUGAAGUCCACAAGUCUUAAAGUUGCCAAGGUUGGAGACCACUGAUUUAAUACACCUAGAAGUAUGGGGAAAGACUACCCUAAAAUAUUAAGUUUCUAAAGAAUUACUCUGUAGUAAUUCUACAGAGUAGUGGUUCUGCAGUGGUUCUGUGGCAGAGGUUUCUGAGUAAACACUACAAUGUGAGCCAGUAUUAUGUAAAUGUUGGUCUUAAAAGCAUUAAAAAAAAUCACAUAAGCAUCUAAUAUCUUGCUUAAGUGAGACUUCAUGCCAAUGUAUGCAUAUGUGCCUGUAUGUGUAUACCUAUAAAAGUGGAGACAUACAUAUAUUUCACAGAUCCUUCGCAGGAAUUUACAGAAUAAUAUUGAUGUGACUUGAGUUGGCUGUAAGAAACAGGUGAAAAUAAAAUUCAGUGUUAAAACUAUCUGUAGGAUAGUUAAAGGGGGAGUCAGGUGACAGAAAUAGAAACACAAAUAUUAGUCACAUAUUCCAAGAAAAUUGUGUAUGUUUCUAUUGCAAUAUUUGCCCAGUUCUGCACAUGAGAAAACUAUUAUUAAUAUAUUGUACAGAUUAUACUUUAUUAUUGCUAAAAUGUGAAGCUUCCUCAGGAAGAAUAAAAAAUGAUAUUUCAGUGUUGAUAGAUGUAAUAUUCUUCUCAUUCACAUUGAAUGAAAAUCUAUGGAAAUGUAUUUCUCAAAAUUUUUAAAAUAAAA